GAAUGUCCUGACCGACGGUUGUGUGGCCGGCACAGCAUCCGAGCAAAAGAAAAAAAAUCACUCAAUUUCAAAAAUAUAUUGAACACAAAUCGUUUCGAAAAAUGUGUUUUCCAAAAAAGUGUGUCUAUUAGCAAAAUAAAAAAAAAAACAAAAUACUCGUAAAUUUGUAAUAAUAAUUGAAAUAUAUUUUUUUGGUUUUUUGUUCUGUGCGAUAAACAAAGAGAAAAAAAAUCCAAACAAAACACAAGUGUAAAAUGCCAUAAAGAUAAAAGAUUUAAUACUUAUAAUUCAAUGAAUUAAAUUUGAGCAAGUGAAACAAAAAAUAUCUAAAACAUAAGUGCGAAAAAUUCAUCCAGAGUCUCAACUGUCUCUCCAUCACAUCUGGCAGAAAUAACAUCUGAUUUUUGAUCUUUUGGUGUAAAAAAAGAAAAAUACGAAAAACAGGCUGCCAUACACGACUUUUACGCUGCGUUCUCGCGUUCAGUGUUUGAAGUGUUGAAAUUAAUCUAUCGGUUAAAAGUACUAUAAAAAAAAGUUUCAGCCUAAAUUGAAUUACAAAUAUAUCUGUCCUACAAACUUUGUUUGUUGUAUUUUCCAAACUUUAAAGGUUCAAGCAUCACACACUUCUGCUUCUGAUACUCCAAUAAUAAUAAUGCUGCUCACCUAACCGAUGGUGGGGCGUGGCUGUGGGCGUGUGCUGAAAAUGUAAAAUCAAUUCGGCAGCUGCACACACACAGACACUCACACAGACACAGACACACACUCAACCACACACACACACACAUACACACUCUCACACACGCGAGCGCAUAAUAAAUACCGAUCAAGAACAAAAGCAGCCGACAAAAGAGAUAAUUGUUGAGCACUUGGCGAGUGGCGAGUGCUAUUAAAAACUGGGCGUGGCAAUGGGCGCACAGCACUACGAACACGAACGCCCACCACGCCUGACCAUGGCCCUGAUGCUGCUAACAGUGCUAAUUAGCUGCUGCUGGCCAACAACUGGGAAUGUGGCAUUGGCUUUGGCAUCCGCAUCGGCCGUCGAAUGUGCCGAUUGGCAAAAUCCAACUGAUUGCAAUAGCAACAACAGAAUUUUGAACAAUAGCAACAGUGGAGGUUCUGCUUCAUCCUCAUCGACAUUGGAGCAGCUAAAUGGUUCAAUGUUGCCAGACGAUCUCCUCGAACCGGAUCUGGAACGAGAUGGAGACAAUUGGCCGCUGGAGCGCGUUGUGUCCACCAUUGUGCCCGUCUUUUUUGGCAUUAUUGGCUUUGCCGGACUCCUGGGCAAUGUCCUCGUCAUACUGGUGGUGGUCGUUAACAAACAAAUGCGCUCGACCACAAAUCUAUUGAUUAUAAAUCUGGCCGUCUCGGACAUAUUGUUCGUCAUCUUCUGCGUCCCAUUCACGGCCACCGACUAUGUGCUGCCCGAGUGGCCAUUUGGCAAUUUGUGGUGCAAAUUUGUGCAGUACAUGAUUGUGGUUACAUGCCACUGCAGUGUCUACACCCUCGUACUGAUGUCCUUCGAUCGUUUCCUGGCCGUUGUGCAUCCCGUAACAAGCAUGUCCCUUCGCACCGAGCGCAAUGCCACGCUGGCCAUCAUGUUCGCGUGGAUAACAAUUGUGACAACAGCGAUACCUGUGGCACUGUCGCAUUCGGUGCGAAUCUAUCAGUAUCAUGGACGCGCUGGCACCGCUUGUGUUUUCUCAUCCGAGGAGGAGAUCUGGAGUCUGGUUGGCUUUCAGGUAUCAUUCUUCUUGUCAUCGUACGUCGCGCCGUUGACGCUGAUUUGCUUUCUAUAUAUGGGCAUGUUGGUGCGAUUGUGGAAGAGUGCGCCCGGAUGUAAACCUUCGGCUGAAUCGCGCAAGGGAAAGCGACGUGUUACACGAAUGGUGGUUGUUGUUGUGCUGGCUUUUGCCAUCUGCUGGCUGCCGAUACAUGUCAUACUGGUGCUGAAGGCUCUCAACAUGUACGGUGGCACACAUCUAACGGUCAUCAUACAAAUCAUCUCGCAUGUUGUGGCCUACACAAACUCCUGCAUCAAUCCGAUACUCUACGCCUUUCUCUCCGACAACUUUCGCAAGGCGUUCCGCAAGGUGGUUUGGUGUGGCAGUCCGCCUCCGAUAAUGAACAACCAGCAGAUAACGAAAACAACUCGCACCACUGGCAACGGCACAUCCAAUCCAGAAAUGCUCUAAGCUGUGCUGGCAAAUUCUGGAAUAUUAAUUGGAUGUUUGGGUGUGCGACCACAAUACAAACAACAACAACAACAACAGCAACAAAAGGUCAUUUAGAGAGACAGUUUUUAACAACAACAACAACUAAUGCAGUUACCUAAUGCAGAUAUAUAUGAAAUAUACUUUGCAUAACAUAUUUUUAGUACUUAUAACUAAUACACAUUAACGCAUUAACACGUGCAUACUCUGAGUUUGUCCUGAGUGUUGCAUAAUUAGUUGUUUAAGCGUUGAGUAUAAUUUUGAUUACAUAUAAAUAUAAUAUAUAUAUGGGAAAGUUAGAAAGAUGUAAAGUUGUCAAAGUUACUUUUAAGAAAGCGUUUCUUUUCCAAUUAUUCGAUUUACUAUCGUUAUCGAUAGUAUUUCAAGCAUCGGUGGGAAAGUUAAAGGAUGUGUUAAGGUUAUUUUUAAGAAAGUUUUUCUUAACUCAUUCUAUCGAUAGUAUUCCAAGCUUCAAUAGAAAUGGAAAAGUUACUUUUAAGCAAGUGUUUCGUUACUCAUUUUACUAUCGAUAUCGAUACUAUUUCAAGCUGUUAUGAAGAUGUAAACAUGUACAAGUUACUUUUAAGAAAACGUUUCUUUUCCAAUUAUUCGAUUUACUAUCGUUAUCGAUAGUAUUUCAAGCAUCGGUGGGAAAGUUAAAAGAUGUGAAAAUGUUAAGGUUAUUUUUAAGAAAGUUUUUCUUUACUCAUUCUAUCGAUAGUAUUUCAAGCUUCGGUGGAAAUGUUAGAAAGAUGUGAACAUGGAAAAAUUACUUUUAAGCAACUGUGUCGUUACUCAUUUUACUAUCGAUAUCGAUACUAUUUCAAGCUGUUAUGAAGAUGUAAGCCAGUGUUUCUUUACUCAUUUUACUAUCGAUAUCGAUAUCUAUAUGGAUAGUAUUUGAAGCUUUAUUGGAAAAGUUAGAAUAAUCUUUUAUACAUUUCACUAUCGUUAUAGAUAUCAAAAGUAUUUAACGCUUCGGUUUCGCAUCUAUAAUUUAGUUCGUUAAACGUUACUCACUUUAUAGUUUGAUCGCAUAUACUAAAGAUAUUUCAUUUCAUUGUUGUACAUAUUGAAGAAAACGGUUUUUAAAUAAAUAUGAUAUAGAAAGAUGAAAAGAAUAUAAUGCUGAUAGAUCAAUAUGACAAGUGGCUAAAAUAUUUCUUUUCCAAUUAUUCAUGUUACUAUUAUUAUCGAUAUCGACAGUAUUUGAAGCUUCGUUUUCGCAUCGAUAAUUUAGUUUGUUACACAUUACUUUAUAAGUUGAUCAACUCAAUUCAUUGCUGUACAUAUUGAAGAAAACGUUUAUUGAAAAUACGUUUGUUAAAUGUAUUCACGAGAUCUGAUCUGAUUAAUGAAACACCGUACCAAAUCCUUUUGCUGGCACGCUGAAGCGCAACAAUUAAGACAAACAUGAAUAUGUUACAAAAAUAUAUUUAAAAAAUAAAAACUACAACUCUAUUUAAGUAAUUUAAUAAAUUAAGCCGUAUUAAGAAAUUGCCCCCACACAAACACAAUAUACAACUAUAUGCAUACAUAUAUAAUAUAUACUAUAUACUAUAUCCACAAAAAUAAUACCAAGGAAUAGAGAAUGCGAGUGUGCAUAAAUUAAUGUAAUAAAAGCGCGUUGUUCCAAUUACAAUUACAAUUGCAUAAAGGGCUACCAAGCAGACUUUUAUGCUAAUUACUAUGCAAACAAAGCAAAAGAAAACAAAAUGCGAAAUGCGAAAUGCGAAAUUUAUAAUAAUCAAAUUGAAUCAACAGAAUCCCUUUAACUCUGUGUGACAGCAUUAAAAAUUAAUUGAAAUGCCAUUAAAAUUGGAUUAAGCGAACAAAUGUUAAUUAACGAAAAUUCUUGUAGGUUUAUAGGCUAACAUUGUGUGUGUGCAUGUGUGUGUGAGUGUGAGUAUAGAUAUCAAUACUUAUACAAUACACUAGACAAACACAUGCAUGGCACACAUAUUCUAACAUUCAAAUAUUUGAGGUAAAAUACGUAAUGUGAUUUAUACAGAGACAAAAAACAAAAAUAAAAAAAGAAUCCUUAAAUCGCUUUUUUCGGAUUCUUUCCUAUCGCAGAACCGUCGUCAGAUACAAAAACAAUGCUGCAAAGAAAACUAAAUUAAAUAUUAAUGAUUAAAUUACAAACUAGUUAAAAGUGUAUUUUUAAGAUGAUGAAUAUUAAACGAAAAUAGUAUUAGAAAAUACUUAUUAAUUUCUAGUUAUAGAUACAUUUAAAUAUUCUUUUUUUUAUUACCAAUUUAUGUUCUCAAAUUGAAUUACGUUAUAAAAGUGUGAAAACCUUUCCUUUUCAUUCCAAAUUGGUUAAUUAAAAAUAGGCAACUUUUUGACGAAUUUCAUCGUUUAAACGUAGUUAUAGAAAAUAUCGAUUUUACGAAAAUUUGAUAGUUUCCUUUUCAAUGUUAUCUUGAAUUGUUUCGUUGACAAGAUUAAAUGAAAUGAACUCGGAAUUUAGUGUAAUAUUAAAUUGAACAAUUAUUAUUGGCAUUUCAUUGAUAACAAGACCAUUAAAUAUAUGUAUUAGUCAUAAUGAAAUUAUUAUCAAUUAUAACGAAAGCUAAGUUAAGUAAAUGAAAUAUUUAUAUUUGACUAUUGCAUAAGUAUUUACAUAUUUUCUUUUUAUUAUUAUUAUUACUAUUAUUUAAUUUUUGGUUUAUUUUUUUGUUGCUUCGGCAUUGCCGAAUUAAAAUAUAUAGCUUAAGAUAACUAUUAAACAAAAAAUGGUAACAAUAUAUGGUAGAAGAGUACAGAGCGAGCGACAGAGAAAGAGAGAGAGAGAGAUUAGGAGACGAAUACUACAAAAAUUGGAAAAUAGAUGAAACAAAUGUUGGAACAACUUGUGGAUUUAUUGUGUGUGUGUAAUUGUAAAUGUAAUUUGUAACUUGUAACCUACUGCAUUCCUAGCACAGUUGUGGAAUUGAACAAUAUUUGAAUUAAACGAUUUGCAAACCAACAAUAAACAAAUACAAAUUGAAAUAUUGUAGAGCUAAGACAAAACCAAAACAAAACAUAUUGUAAAAAUUUUAAAUACGUUUUUUGUUUUUUUUUUUUUUU